AUGGCCAAAACUAUACCGAACCCAGUUCCAAUCUUAUUGCUUGUGAUCACGUUUUACAUAUCGACACUAGGAUUUAUAAAAACUCAAACCUUCUCAAAAAUCUCAUCUCCAUCUUCAUUAGGCCUAAACCAAGAGAAACUAACCCAUCUUCACUUCUACUUCCAUGACAUGUACGGUCGCAACCCAACAGCAGUGAAAGUAGCCGAAGCCGCCCAAACAAACACAUCUAAAACAUAUUUUGGUUCCGUGUUCGUAAUGGACGAUCCCUUAACACUUCUUCCCGAUGUAACCUCGAAGAGGAUAGGGUAUGCGCAAGGCAUGACCGUAUCCGCAUCUCAGAACGAAUUAGGAUUGUUGAUGAUUUUCCAUUUUGUUUUCACGGAAGGAGAAUACAACGGGAGCACGAUUAGCAUUCUUGGACGCAACCUAGUGUUUUCGGAUAUCAGAGAAAUGCCUGUGGUCGGAGGCAGCGGCGUGUUUCGAUUCGCUAGAGGAUAUGCUGAAGGAAAGACUCAUUCGUUAGAUGUUAAGACAGGAAAUGCUGUUCUUGAAUACAAUGUCUUUGUCUUGCAUCCAUGA